ACUGUGAGAUAUUGUGUCAUUUCAGUUAAAGAAAAUGAAAAUAAAUGAUAAAAGUCUAGCGUUGUACGCUUCCUCUCGAGAAAGUAUUAGCAAAGAUGGCUAUCUGGAAAAGAAAGGCGAAAUAAACCAUGGAUACAAAAGGCGAUGGUUUAUUUUAAAAGGAAAUUUAUUGUUCUACUUCGAGAAGAAAACAGAAAAGCAGCCUAUUGGAGUGAUUAUUUUAGAAAACUGCAGUGUGGAAGUCAGUGAUGGCGACAAGUUUUCGUUUUGUAUACGUUACCAGGCAUUCGGCACAACAGGUGCCUCUAGAACAUACAUUCUUUGUGCAGAUAGCGAAACUGAAAUGGAGCAAUGGAUAAAAUCAAUAACCUCUGCUUCUUAUUGCUAUGCAGAAAUGUUAGUGAAAGAAUAUGAAAAAAGAUUAGCCAUUGAAAAAAUAAAAGCUCAAGACACAAAUAAAAAAAGUUUCCAAGAGACAAAGAAGCAAACAUUAUUAGACACUUGUUUAACACAGGAUAUAAAAAAUCGGGAUUCGAUAGAUUCGAGCAGUGUCACAAAAACUGUUUCGUCUGUAAAAAGUGAAAGUAAGUUCCAAACUCUUUCUGCGGCUACGUUGAAGCCACCCAACGCUAUGUAUACGGUCCAGACAACGAUUCAUGCAAAAACGAAAUUUAAAACUCUCAAUGGAAUGAGAAGGACUAAAAGUUCAGAGAAUCUGAACAGAAUAAUGCCUUCUAAAAGUCCAAAAAGCAAAAGAAAAACUUUAAAAUCUGGCAAUGAUUAUGCACUUGAUAAUAUGACAGACAUCGCGUAUGAAACAGAAAAAUCGACAUUUGAAACUUUACACACAUCGUUUGGAGCAGCUGUAUGGACGAAGAUUGGUAACACUCUAUAGAAUAUAUAAUUUUAUGUCCAAAUACACCUGUUCUGUUUUACAUGUUUUGUCUAGAAUGCUUGUUAAAAUUACUUUGUACUGUUUUUGUAAAAAAAAUGGUGUUCAUCAGGGCAUACCAUAAUUCCUCUUUUAGGGCGAUAAAUUAAAGUGGUUUUUUUUAAAUGGAGGUUCAAAGAAGGGGGGGUUAAAUAUAGGGAGAGUGUUGAAUAAAAAAUAGAAAUUUAAACACAUCUUUUAGUUAAGAUUCAUUGCUUUAUUGUUUCGUUCUGUUUUAUCCAACAUAAGUUUUUCAUAAAUCGCUAUUAUUAGUGCUGUUAUCUACCUGAGGGAAGUAAUAUUCGCGAUUUUUUUAUUCUUGACAAUAUCUUUCGCAAAAUAUACUAAAGUCAGUUAAAAUCAGAAAAUUCCUUAUUUACAAAAAUGAAUUAUUGUCUACAAAAACUGGGUAAAUAGGAUAAAUAUUGGGAAAAGAUCGCGGGGAUUCGCACAAAUGUGAUCAUCAUCGAUUAUUAUUGCUUUAAAAAAUUAUUCCCCCUCCCAAAAAAUAGGGGAAAUUUCUCGCAAAAUGAAGGAAAAAAUCUGAAAAGAAUUCGCAAAAAUGUCUUACUGUAAAAAUUGCUUUCCUUGUAUAUGGUCAAGGCCUAUCAAGUAAACCAGUACAAGUACCAUAAUUGAUGAAUAUGGUUUCAUUGUUAUCAGAUCAAUCAGAAUUAUUUGUGAAGGUUAAAUAAAAGGAGAAGGCUAAAAGAAAGAAUUAUGGUAUUCUAUUUUCUGUUUAGUCCGGUCUCCAUGGUCUUAUUUAUAUUUUAAGCUGAUUUAAAAACUAUGUUUUUUUGUAAAGUAUAGUUUCUGUUCAGAAAUAUUGUUGUGCAUAUCGAAAAUACAGAAAAUAACGUCAGUGUUUGUUGAGCAGCAUCUUUUGUGUUGUUAUAAUGUGAGUGUUAGACAACCCUUGUACAGCGCCGUUUUUAUUUGGUGUUAGCAAGAGAGCUUAAUGUAGGACUAGAUAGUAGGAUGAUGGACAUAGUACAAUGGAGUUUCUGUUUUUUAAAAUAUUUUAAUUAAAUAUUAUCAAUAUGUUACUUCAUUUUUAAUAAUAUAUUCAUUGGAUUUCUAUGCUAUACAAAUUAAAAAUUAAGAGAAUUUGUUCUGGUGGUUGAAAUUAUGAUUCUUAAACUUUUCGACGCCAUAUUCAUUCUUCAUUUAACCAUAUCUUUCAGUAAAAUAUUGAAACUUGAUGUAACUAUUAUGCAACGAAAAACGAUAUUAAGAAUGAUAUUUUAACUUUUAAAAAUACAAUAGUUUGACUUAUUCUGACUUUUUUAUCAGGAAAUUUAAACCAUUUUUUUGCGUUUCAUCGUACUUGUGCUCUUUUGAGGAUUUCAUUUUUCUAAGUUGUACCGUAAAUUUAUCUAGAUAAUUUACUGAUUUUUUAGGCAUGGAUGUGUUAAUAAGUUGAAAGGUAUUAAAUAUUCAAAAAGAUUGUGCCCCACUCCCACCCUCUCUUUCACCUACAAUUAGGCUGAGUACCUUCGAGUGGAGAACCAGUCUAACAAUAUUUAUUACAAAAUA